AUGAGACUGCUGGGCAGCAUUGCCGUGGCGCUCUGUUUCCAGCUCUGCCAGGCCAAAAUCGUCACGUAUGAUUUCAAUCUUACUUGGGUAACGGCGAAUCCGGAUGGCCUCCAUGAUCGCAAAGUGCUUGGCGUGAAUGGUCAAUGGCCGCUACCUGUCAUUGAGGUUGAAAAGGGGGACCAGCUUGUGGUCAAUAUGCACAAUGGUCUUGGGGACAAGAGAUCGAGUAUUCACUUCCAUGGCAUGUACCAAAACGGCACCAACAACAUGGACGGUCCUUCGAUGGUCACUCAAUGCCCUGUCAUGCCUGGUUCCUCUUUUACAUAUAACUUUACGGUGGACCAGGUCGGCACUUACUGGUAUCAUUGCCACACCGAUUGGUGUUAUCCCGAUGGAGAGCGCCAGGCGCUUAUUGUCCAUGAUAAAGAUGCAUAUUUCAAUGAUGAGGUUGAUGGCGAAAUGGUCGUGACCAUGAGUGACUGGUAUCACAACAUGACGGAAGAUCUUCGCUAUUCAUUCCUAUCCCCUACAAAUCCGGAUGGUGAUGAGCCUGUUCCAAACGCGUUCUUGUUCAAUGAUACGUUGAACUCAAUUCUCCCAGUUGAGCCUAAUAAGACCUACUUGAUUCGUCUGAUCAACAUUGGUGCUUUUGUCAGCCAAUAUUUUUAUAUUGAAGACCACUCUUUCCGCAUUGUGGAGAUUGAUGGCGUGUAUACGGAGCCUACGGAGGCAGAUUUGCUGUAUAUCGGCGUUGCCCAGCGGUAUUCCAUUCUGGUUACUACCAAGAGCACCGCAAACAAGAACUAUCCGAUUGUUAUGGUCGCCGACUCUCUAUUACUUGACUCUAUUCCCGAUACUCUCAAGCUGAACCAGACAAACUGGCUACAAUACGACGCAGAAGCUGCCCACCUUCAAGCUGUGCUGAAUGUCAGCUCCUCUGCGGACCUUUAUCCAUUCGAUGACAUGAAGCUCUAUGCAUACGACCAAAUGGAGCUUCUUCCCGAGCCUGACAUCAGCAUCACAGUCAAUGUUGUCAUGCAGGAAGCUAGUAACGGCGACGGCUACGCGUACUUCAAUAACAUCUCGUACACCAAGCCUAAGGUUCCAACCCUGUUCUCAGUCCUGUCUUCCGGCGAUCUUGCAACGAACCCCGAAGUCUAUGGAACGUACACCCACCCAACCGUUCUAGGUCACAACCAGAUUGUUGAGGUGGUCGUCAACAACAAUGACACGGGCGCACACCCCUUCCACUUGCACGGUCACAACUUCCAGCUCAUUGAUCGUUAUCCAUCCUACGGCAAAGACUUCUUCGAUUAUGCGGAUACCGACUACCGCGUUACCUAUGAUCCUUCAAAUCAUACUGCUUUCCCUAAGAUCCCUGCUCGCAGAGAUACUUUUGUUGCUCCACCACAGGGCUACUUUGUUGUCCGCUUUGUUGCGGAUAACCCCGGUGUCUGGUUUUUCCAUUGUCAUAUUGACUGGCAUUUGAUGCAGGGAUUGGCUAUGGCGUUUAUUGAAGCGCCUCUGCAGAUUCAGGAGCGGGUGUCUAUUCCCCAACAGCAAUAUGAUGUGUGCAAGGCUGCUAGUAUUCCCACUGAGGGUAAUGCUGCAGGAAACACGACUGAUUAUCUCAACUUAAGCGGGCAGAAUGAGCAGGUGCCUAUUUAG